AAUAACAGCUGCAGCACUCUGCACUAAGAACGUGUUCUCUUUCUAAAAAACAACUAAGUUUCACAAUGGCUAAGCUGACUGUCAUAGUGCAGUGGAAAAGGCUUAGUUUGCUCUCUCAUUAUGAGGGACUACCUGGGACCCAAGUGUUGCAUUGGGAAGGCAAAAGUCUGUGAGGUGAAUUCCAUGUAUUAAAAUCUGAUGAUCAGAAAUAGAAAUGGUUCUCCACCCUUAUGAGCCACUUAACUCAAUUUUAAUCGCUGCUGAACAAAAUGUAUCCUUAAAUUAUUCCCUAAGGCUCCACAUCACUAUCUCAUGUCAGAUACCGGGCACUUUGAAGUUUAGUUUUUUAAUCGUUGCAUCUCUUGUUUGCAUGCAGUUUCUUAAUAUUUUCGUUGGCGAAUUCUCCUAUUUGAUUUUGGCUCCACGAAUCUGGUGGAAGUUCCCAGAACCUAAUUAGACAAAGCAGAAGGGGAUGUUGGAUCAGGUGAUUGGGAAUUUCUUUUAACUGCAGCGGGAAAUUCCCAAGUCAGCAAACAGCUCUAUAAAACGAGAGGACGAAGCACAUUGCACUGCUGAGAGUUUUUUCGUGGUUAGUAGUGAUAAACGGUGCACAUCAGAGGCUUGAACUGAGAGAAUGCUCUUCACCAUGGCUGCUCGAACCUCACAUCUGUAUUUUGUACUGACUCUCAAAUUCCUGCUCACAACGGUGUGUAGCUUCCAAAUACAGCUGCAGCCGGAGUCCUUGCCAUGGAUCAGGGUAGGCCAGGAGCUGGUACUGAGGUGUGAAAGCAAGGAGUGUCCCUCACCCAGCUUCAGUUGGAGAACAGGAAUCGACAAACCUCUCGGGGGUAAGGUGAACAGCCAAGGCUCGGUGUCUACCCUCACCUUCUCCCCGGUGACCCGUCAGAACGAGAACAUGUUCAUCUGCGUCGCAACCUGCGGCGAUCAGAAGAAACAGAAGUUCCGGGAGGUGAACGUUUAUUCUUUCCCAGAUGCACUGAUCCUGGAGACGGUCGGGACAUUGGAAGUGGGCAAGAAGAGCACUGUGACCUGCACCGUGCCUGAUGUUUAUCCACCAGGCAGAGUGGAGGUCAAGUUGCUGAAAGGAAAAACAGUCCUGGCUGAAAAGCAGCAUUUUGAGGGAGAUAGGAUUACCCUCAGCAAUGAACUGAUCCCCACUCUGGAUGAUUCGGGUCAGGAGAUCACCUGCCAGGCUCAGUUCUACAUACAGAAGAUCUCAAAAUCUUUGGAGGGCAAGUUAACACUACAGGUCCUGUAUGCUCCGAGGAUGACAGAAAUUUCUGUAACGCCAUCUGCCACAGUGAGAGGGGGUCAGGAUCUCCAGCUGACCUGUACUGCUCAGAGUAAGCCCACUGCCAGCUUUGUGUGGAGCAAACUGUCAGCCCAGGGCUGGUCACUCAUUGCCCAGAAUAAAUCCACUCUGCAGCUGCCCAAAGCCCAGCUUACAGACUCCGGAAUCUAUCGCUGUGAAGCUAACAACAGGCUAGGGCAGGAGGCCAAACAAGUGCAGAUUCACGUUCUCACUGCCCCCAGAGAUAUUCACCUCACGAUCAGUCCCUCCGUUGUGAAGGAAGGACAGCGUGUCACUAUUACUUGCACCAGCCACUCGAACCCCUCUGCUCAGAUUGUACUGAGCAAGAAGACAGAAAGUGGACAGAGAAAGCUGCAUGCAAAGAAUGGAACACUUAUAAUUGAUGCAGCUCAAUCUAGCGAUGAAGGGCAGUAUGAAUGUGAGGCUAGGAAUGAUCUGGGAAUACUGAUCCAGAACACAGAGCUCAUCGUUCAAGUUCUGACUGUUUGGGUUCAUCCUUCCAAUUUGGUCAAUGAGGGUGAGAAUGUCACCAUUGGCUGCACUGUUCACAGCAAUUUCUCUGCAAAUUUCACCUGGAAAAAAAUGGAGAACAACAGUGAAACCAUUUUGCCUUCCACAAACAACUCCUUUUCCAUCCUUCAAAUAACUCAAAGUGAUGCUGGACACUAUAUGGUUGAAGUAAUCAAUGAAUUGGGGAAUCAAACAGGAAUUGUGAACAUACACGUUAAUGAAACAAAGCUAAGUGCUCCCAUUGAUGAGAAACCAAGGGGAAUUCUAGAAACGGCAUAUGUAGGCGCUUCACUUGGUUCUGCAGGAUUAUUACUUAGUAUGACAUAUUAUAUCUAUCGCAGAAGUAACUGCAAGGGAUCGUACAAGAUGGCAACACAGCAGGUCUAGUGAAGAAAUAAAGGACUGGGUGAAUUAAUAUUCCUAUUGCACUGACUAUUAAAUCUUCUGGCUCUGCUGUGAGAAGCAGGUUGGUGGGCCGGAAGAUGAAUUUUUAAUUAUCCAGGAACUUGAACUAAGUGAUUAGAUUACUUACAGUGUGGAAACAGGCCCUUCGGCCCAACAAGUCCACACCGACCCACCGCAGUGCAACCCACCGAUACAUUUACAGGCAAUUUAGCAUUGCCAAUUCACCUGACCUGCACAUCUUUGGACCGUGGGAGGAAACCAGAGCACACCCACACAGACACAGUCAGUUGCCUGAGGC